AUGGAAUCCAAACUUCACCCUGCCAUGACUGUCUCUAACAUCAAAAAUUUCAUCCCUAUCACUCUAGAAAUCAAAACCGACCACUACACAACCUGGGCAAAACUAUUCCAUGUACACUAUCAUGCCUACCAGGUGUUUGAUCACCUAGAACCCCCUGCACCACCGGCCGCCACGGCUACUGCUUCCACCGCCGACGGCAAAUCUCCGGCUCCCACCGUCGAUCCAUAUUGGUCUCGCCUGGAUGCCAUCGUCUGGCAGCGGAUAUAUGGGACAAUAUCCACCGACCUCCUUCACACCAUCAUCUCUACCGGGCAAACAACAUAUGAAGCAUGGACUGUUGUCGAAAACCAAUUCAAAGAUAACAAAAAUACUCGAGCCGUCUAUCUCCAACAGGAAUUUGUAAAUGUUCGUUUGGAAAACUACCCCAACAUGGCGGCCUAUUGCAGGGAAGUCAAACUCCUUUCUGAUCAAUUGACAAGUGUCGGGUCUCCUAUUGAUAAUAAGCGACUGGUUCUUCUUCUCCUUGCUGGUCUCACUGAUUAG